CACCAACCCAACUUUUGGCGCAGCAAACGCGCACAUCCUACCUAGAAAUAAUUAGUAUCGAACAUCGAUUCCCACAAGAAGUGCGCCUCACAAUUAAAUCCCCGAGUCCACUUGUGUGUUUUGAGUGCGGCGGAAAAGAAGGGAUCGACUGCCUGACGCUUGCUCAGGUUGGUCAGCGGUGACCGCACCUUUGACCUCGCGCUGCUUGCACUUCCUGCUUCUGCAGAGAACGAACUGCGACUCGAACGUUUCUUGUCAACUGCGCGUCGCUUUGCAAACAACUGCGUUUGACAUUUGCAAAUAAGUGCGUGCUUUCGAGGGAUGCAACUUGUCAGGGUUCUGCGACCCUCGUCAGGGCCUACAUGACCUGACGUGCAUACGAGCUAGGUCGUCCGCCUUUUCUCAACAGACCGGUCUGGGAAAAAGGAGCGAAGGUGCACAACCAAAAAAGGGUGGUCGUCCUUUUAAGUGCGGGCCUUGAGGUUUGCGAGCACGUACGCGCUGCUUGGGUCGUUGUUUGGGUCCGCGGGCCCAGAGGCAUGUUUUGAGGUAAGAGAUGGAUAAUGAGCAACCCCACCAGGAACUCGUCAAGUGCGUCGUGGUCGGCGACACGGCCGUCGGCAAGACGCGGCUCAUCUGCGCCAGGGCGUGCAACAAAAGGGUCUCCCUUGAGCAGCUGCUCACGACCCACGUGCCUACCGUGUGGGCCAUCGAUCAGUACCGCAUCUACAAGGACGUCUUGGAACAGUCCUGGGAAGUUGUUGAUGGGGUCAACGUCUCUCUGCGCCUCUGGGACACUUUUGGUGACCAUGAGAAAGACCGGAGAUUCGCCUAUGGCCGGUCGGAUGUGGUGUUACUGUGUUUCUCCAUCACAAAUCCAGUCUCGCUGCGCAAUUGCCAGGCGAUGUGGUACCCAGAAAUCAGGCGCUUCUGCCCGCAAACGCCAGUCCUGCUGGUCGGCUGCAAAAAUGACCUCAGGUACAUGUACAGAGACGACGAGUACCUCCGGUUCUUCAGAGACCGAAGUCCGUUUGUGCGUCCAACGCGCAAAACGGACCUGGUGAUGCCAGACCAAGCAAGAGCAGUUGCCAAAGAGUUGGGACUGACCUAUUAUGAGGCUUCGGUGCUCACCCAUUUUGGAGUCAACGAGGUCUUCGAAAACGCCAUCAGGGCAGCGCUGAUUUGCCGCAAACAGCAGCGCUUUUGGAUGACCAACCUGAAAAAGGUCCAGAGACCACUCCUGCAGGUUCCUUUUUGCCCACCGCCACCAGCCAGACUGGAAGUUAGCGUGGUGUCAAGUCUCUUUGAGGAGCACAUGGGUGUGCUGCUGACCCAGCAGGCACACACGGACGUCGUGUUUGUGGCUGGCAGCGUCGGUUUUGUGGCGCACCGCUUUUUGCUGGCGGCCGCCUCACCCGCGCUCCAACGUCUCUUCUGCAGCGCCGACCCCGUGUGUGAACUGUCCGCUGCCCGGAGUUCGUCGGAAACCAGCCUGGCCAGCACGUUUGGAGAGUCGGUGACCGGAGAUUUCAAUGACGAUACGGAGCUGCUGAUUGAUAACAACAAUAAGUCAAAUCAUAGGCUGUGGGACUUGAGCAAGCGGAGGUCGAGUUGCCAAGUUUUUCCCAGCGUCCAGACCCAGAGACUGAGCAUCAACAAAGAACUAAAUCAUCCUGCAUUCCAGUCAAUUAGAAUCGAGCAGUGUAACAGUAGAGAGGGCAGAGUUUGCUCGGCGUCAGUGCAAACGGUGGUCAACCUCACCAAACUCGUCAGCCCUUUGGCCAUGCAGCAGUGCCUCAAAUUUCUAUACACUGGUACCAUAGAAACAGACAAACUCUGUGAAAUAGCUGAAAUUCGUCUGGCUGCAGAAUUUAUGGAGUUGCCCGAAUUGCUCCUUUUUGUCACCAACAUAGAACGUUGCGAGGAGUUCCUGAACGCAGAUCUCAAGCAGCAGUACAGAAAGGCUGUUCGUGCGCGUUUACGCUCUCUGUGUCUCGGCCAGGGCCUGUUUUCGGAUGUGCGAUUCAAACUCGAGGAUGGCACAAUUGCUGCCCACAAAGCACUUUUGAUGGCCCGGUGUGACGUGAUGCGAGCUAUGUUCUCCGGAGAUUUUAGAGAGAGCUCUGCCAAAGUUGUCGAGUUUCCCGGUGUGAAAGAAGAAGCGUUUUCGCAGCUCCUGCACUUCUUGUACACAGACGAAUGUCCACCAGGGCUUAGCAAGCACAGGUGCGUCGAGCUGCUUGAAUUGGCCAACAGGUUGUGCCUUCCGAGGCUGACCAGUUUGGUCGAGACGAGGCUGGUCAGGGAAAUGCAAAAGGCCGUCGACGCUGGAGCUCCCGAAGACAUCACGGAAGCUUGUUUAACGCUUUUGGAACCUUGCAAGCUGCAUAAUGCUGACCAGCUAGCUGAUUGGUGCAUGAACCAUUUGUGCACAAACUACAACAAAAUUUGCAAGUCCUCGCCCAAACUUCUGAAGGCCUUACACCCGGAAAACCAGGCUUACCUGUCCGAAAACAGGUGGCCACCUGUCUGGUAUGUAAAGGAUUACGACUACUAUCAGAAGUGCUUGUUCGAACGCGAAAAGGAGGAGCGCCCGCCGAUGAAGACUCUGAAACGAAGCCGUCACAAUUCUGGGUGCCUGUGUUUCUCGGGCAAAUCGCGCCGAGACUCGGACAAGCCUCUUGUGCCCUCCUCCAUUUGAUUUCUCUCUGCCAAGCUUUUUGCAUGAUAAAUCUAAGCCAAUUCCAAGGCAGUUUUCUUCAUUAAAAAGAGCAUAAAAUUGUAAUUUUCAACUUCUUCGGCUCGUCACCUCUGCGCAAAAAUCCAAUCAGCUAUAUAUACAGAUUUUCAAUUUCGAGGCUGUUUUUCUCGCUCAAAUUCUUGCAUUUUGGAUUGUUAAUUUUUGUGUCAAAUCAAGGACUUUUCAAUUCAAACUCGCAAUACAAAGUGUUUUGUGAGAAGAUUUAAAAAAAAAUGGAAACUUCGUGUGUCUGUUAUAGAAAAUAAUGCUUCUAAAGUAUGAAUAUAUUAUAUCAAUGCCCAGAGAGCAUAAACUCAAAAUUUGAUGUACAUGUAAUUACAAAUUUUCUGAAGAAAUACCAGGACAAGCCUUGUUUUUUAUUUUUAUGAAUUUAGCUUUCGAUAGAAAAAAUAGAUUUUGAGAGUCAACAGGAGGAAAUUAUGGUAGAAUCUUUUUAUUAUGGGAUAAAAAAAAAUCUUAAACAAGUAAUUUAGCUUAGAUUUAGCUUUUGACCUGGCAUUGAAAAUUCGUAAAUGGUUUUCCGACUUGAGUGCUCUGUGGGAAUAUGAAAUUGAGAGCGCCUUUGCCAUGAUCUCUCUAGCUAAAUGCAUUUUUUUCUAAUUCAAAUGACAAUUUCCCUGAAAUGAUAUGUGAUUGCGCCAUCAUAUACUCAUAAAUUACUUUCUCUAAAAAGUGUCAUGGAAAUUCUCUUAUUUUUUAUAUUAUUCUACUAAACAAACCAAGAAAAUUCUUACUGAAUAUUUAAAAGAAUUCCAUCACAUACUCAAAAAGAAUUCUUGCAAAAGGAAAAUUCAGCCAAAUCUUCGAAAUUUUUGUUAUUUGUAUCAUUUUCAAUAUGAAAUAAGAUAAUUACUUCAAAAUGUGGAUGUAUAAAAAUGAUAAUCUGCACUACAGAAAUAUUAAUAUGAACAGCACAUACCAU